AUGGUUGGGCUCGCUGUGCCUCGGGGCGUUGGAGGUUCUCACUCGACGAGGAUGCGGGAACGAAACGGGGCUUGGAAGGUGGAAGGAGGAAGGAGCAGCGGCCACUUCAUUAAUGUAGAAGCCGCUACCCCGGAUUCCUUCCCCGCGUUGUUCACCCCCAACCUCUUCCUUCCCCUCGCCAACUACUGUUCGGGGACGGCUAUUGGCAACCUGCAAAGCACAUUUGCUACGAACACGCUGGCCGUUAAUUUGACAAACACUGGCGGUCGAUGGAGGGUCAAGCGAGCCGAGAACACCGGAAGGCUCCGACUUCGAAAUGUUCUGUCUGCAACACUUCAUUCAGGAGGCCAGAGCAUCUCAAAAGGCAUCUUCGGAGCCAUACAAAGGAGAAACCUUUUGAAUGUGUCCAAUGCAACCGUCGUUUCUCAAGGAGUGAUACUCUUCAUCGGCAUGAUCAAAGUCACCACGCUCCAGGGGUGGAAGGACGAUUGGAUCGGAUGCACAGAAUCACGGUUAAGACUUUCCGGGCAUGUUUUCAAUGCGCAUCUGCUCGCGUCAGAUGUAGCGGCGGCGAACCUUGUCAUCGAUGCCAAACUCGUACAAUCAGCUGCCACUAAGAUCUCCUCUCAGAAGGAAUCUGUUGGACAGCAGUCUGUCUUGAAUACAACAAGGCAGCAAACCUCGUUGGAUCCUAAUAGAAGCCCAUCACUUCAGCAAAGGUCUCAACAAUUUCAGUUUCGGUUUAUAACUUAUGAUUCAAGAACUCCGUCAGAUAGGGCAAGCCCUAAUUCAUCGUCCGAUGUACGAAGUGAUAGGCUGUUUAGUCGACCAGAUGCAACUUCCCCUACUUCCGAGCCUCAACAUCAAAACCUUCAUGAGCAGACUUUGGAUAAAUCCUAUUCUCCGUAUGCUUUCGAUUCACCCCGGGCGUGUUCUCAGGAUAACACAGAUGCCCUUCAAAUAGCUAUACAAAACACUAUCUUGACAGAAGGAGAAUGUCCAAAUCCCCCACAGGCCCAUAGGAAUGACAUGUCUCUCGACAUUGCCCAGUCUUCAGGGUUGGAGUUACCUUUAGAUCCAGAGCUGUUCCAGCCAGUAGAUGAUCUAAGCAUGAAUUGGCUUCCAAUUGAUUUCUCGAAGGAUCUCGACUCCUUACAGCCUAUGGACCCGGAUUUCUCAUACGACACUGCUCAUGAAUGGUGGCUAGAAAGUCUGAACGCGAAAGACGAAUGGCUAGAGCCCACAACAGAUAUGGGUCAUAUAGCUAUGCUUGGUCUCACAGAGCAGUCCUGUUCCUUGCCUUUUACUACCACAAAAAGCUCCCAAUUACUUAGUAGCCUAUCACCAGAUGGGUCUUCGCUCUCCGCAUCAAAUGAUGAAAAAUUGGGUUUCGGUGACCAUUAUGUAGAUGGCGAAGGAUCCCGCCAUACGAAACAGAAACGAAAACGAAAGACUUGUUGGGCACCUUCAGAAAAUCUGAUUUCGUCAUUCAAAGUACACGUAGCGGGGACUGUACCACAGACAAAAUUGGCAUUUCCCGCAAUACAUGAGAAACUCGCCCAUGAAAUAUGCCUGAAUACCUCGACUGUAAGGCAAAUUCCGCCCAGCACUUACGGAACCAUCCUCAAUAUGUUCAACAAGCUAUGUUGUGCUCAGACUCUAUUCACGCCUUUCGAAUCCAGUGAAUUCCCGGGAGCAGAUCUGUUAUCGUAUUUCCUGUGUCAUUACCUCGACGAAUUUCAAUCUGUUUACCCGGUAUUUCACAUGCCAACAUUCGAUUUAAACGAAGCUCACUGGAUCCUGAUUCUUACAAUCUCAGGAAUCGGCUCCUGUCUCAUAAAUUCGCCGGAUACUGCACGCUAUGCAUAUCCCCUCCAGGAAUUCGCACGACGGGCCAUUCUCGUUGAGAAAGAAACAUAUAAGCCUGCAUCAGUACCCAUCUGGUUGAUUCAGGCGAUGCUACUUAAUUGCAUUGGGCUCAUCUACGGCGGUGAUGAUCAAGCCAAGAGCUUAGGCCUCAGUUCAUUGAGUGACCUUGUGCGGUUUGCUCAUCAAGAAAAGCUCCUUUCAAAUAUAGACCCAAAUAUUAAUAGUAGCACUACAUGGAAACAGUGGGUUGAGCUAGAGAUGGCACGAAGAACUGGCUACCUUAUUUGGCUUCUUGAUAGCACUCUUGUUUAUACUGAGACCGAUUUCCGGCCUUUGUUCACACUGAAAGAUGCGCAAGCACCGAUUCCUUCACACGAAAUUUUGUGGGAUGCAGGGUCAGAGAAGGCCUGGGAAGCGCUAAAUCAUGAAGAAAAUCUAUCACUCUACUCAGCUACCGAAGUUCUGUUUAUUGAGAAGAGGCUUGUUUCUAAUAUUGGCGAGUUUGGCCACACUCUGCUUCUCCACGCACUCUAUCAAAGACUGUGGGAGGUGAGCGACUAUUUCCAAAGUCCACUCACAUGUUGGAAUCCCAAUGCAGCAAGACAGUCACGAGAAGCAGCGAUUCCUUCUUCAGAUGCUGUCUGGCUACCGGGUAUUCCGAUGUACUCCAAAUGGCGCAACAGUGCCUGCGACUGCCUAGACACACUUCACUGGUUUGCGAAUGGGACUAUCGCCAAGGCAGCAGGUCUAGAGCAUUCAACCGUACUACAUCUACAUACAGCGCGCAUCGUGCUCCUUGUUCCGUUUCAAGAAAUUCGGAACUUAGCUACAUCAUUAGCAGAUGGGACAGUCCCGUGGGAUAAUGGACUGGAGCGAUCUCCCGCCUGGCAACAUGCGCGGCGAUGGGUGAGACAUGAUCAAUAUAAAGCCCGUCUCGCCAUAGUCCACGCGGGCUCCGUGCUAUGGUACGUCCGUCGCUACUCCACGAAUGCUUUUCACGAACCUAUAGCUGUAUUCCUAGCCACUCUCACUCUCUGGGCGUACGGCUUGUGCAUCUAUGACCCAUGCGGUACGCAGCGAAAGUCACCAACGGCAGAUGUAGAGUUGGAAGGCUUGCAGCCACAGCAACGGCCGAGUAUAUGCGAGCCGGAUCUUGCCCCAACAUUCAUACAUCUCGAUCGACCAUGUGACGACGAAAUUGUGCAACUGUUUGUACGCGAAGGCCAGACAAUGAGUGGUAACGUCACGGGAGUAGGAGAUAUAUGUAGUCUGCAUGGUCCGUCGAGGAUCCUAAAGGAAGGCAUCCGGAUUCUGUCGAGCUUGGCUUCUACGUGGGGGGGAACUCAUGAGUAUAUUGAUAUUUUGUCGAGGCUAGGAGAUCGUGUUUCAUUGCCUAUGCAGGAAUAG